AAUAUCAAAUAUCAAAAUAUCAAAAGCUCAAACCAAGUGUAACUUAACUGGAUAUCAUCUAUAAAAGUGAAUUGUACUAUAUAGAACAUUGGAAAAUACUUCAACAACUGUGUUCGACAUAUUCACCCUUUUAUCAUACCAUUCCAUAUCAUUUCAAUCCGAUCCUAUUCCUUUUAGCAUUGUAUCAUAGCUUUUUAAUCUACUACAGUUCAUUUCAUUUAUAGAUAUUCAAUUAUCAUCAUUUAAUUCCUUUUCUACCUCCUCACUUCGUCAUUCAUAUAUAUUCUGCAUUCACAAUCAUGAUUUCUAGAUCAUUAAAAUUAUCUCAAAUAACAUCAAGAUCUUCAAGAUCACUAAUCUCAAGAUCAUUCACAUCUCAAUCUAUCCUUAAUAUCGAACAAGGUCAUAGUUCAGAAUUACCAAAUUUAAAUGAAUUACCAAGAAAGAAACCGGAAAUCCCUUAUGUCCCAUUAGUUAAUCCAACUGAAAAAUAUAAAGUUCAAAUUGAAGAAUUACAUAAAUUUGGUACUUAUAUAAUGGCAUGUUUACCAAAAUAUAUUCAACAAUUUUCAGUUUGGAAAGAUGAAUUAACCAUUUAUGUGGCUCCUCAAGCUUUAAGACCAACCAUGGUAUUCUUAAAGAAUCAUACUGCUGCUCAAUUCAAAUCUUGUGUUGAUGUUACUGCUGCUGAUUAUCCAUCAAGAACUAAUAGAUUUGAUGUUGUUUAUAAUUUAUUAAGUGUUAGACAUAAUUCAAGAAUUAGAGUUAAAACUUAUGCAUCUGAAACUUCAGCUGUUCCAUCGGUAGUACCAAUUUUUCAAGGUACAAAUUGGUUUGAAAGAGAAACUUAUGAUUUAUUUGGGGUUUUCUUUGAAGGUCAUCCUGAUUUAAGAAGAAUUAUGACUGAUUAUGGUUUUGAAGGUCAUCCUUUAAGAAAAGAUUUCCCAACUACUGGUUAUACUGAAGUAAGAUAUGAUGAAGAAAAAAAGAGAGUGGUUUAUGAACCAUUAGAAUUAACUCAAGCUUGGAGAAAUUUCUCCGUCGGUUCUUCUGUUUGGGAACAAGUUGGUGAUGGUAAAGAUUUUACUCCUGAAAAUUUCAAAUUACCAACUCCUGAACCUGAACCUCCAAAGGAAGAAGAAAAGAAAUAGACCUAAUGUUUAAUUUAUAACCUUUUAUAUAUUAUUAUUUUA